AUGCCCUUCAGGCUCCCUCCUGCAACAAAGCCGCUUAUGCGCGCAUCGCUCUGCUCUCGACCCGCCAAUGGCCACAUUGCGUUUAUUCCGCAGAUCAGGAAACUGGUCUUUGAAUAUUGCGAUAAAUGGCCAUCAUCAGCUAAUACCCGGACCUACAUUCGCGAUCAUCUGGAGAAGCUUGCCCGCGCCAACCCUCACGCCGAGGUUGUUGUCAAGCAGCGCAACCAAAAGGAACCUGUCGUCCGUGGGUUCUACAUAAACGGCAGGGAUAAGGUCAUCUCGCUUAAAGGAUUCGAGGUCACCGGAAUUGAGAAGAAGGUUCAACUACUCCUUGAUUCUUCGGGUGCGAAGAUCAAACCCCUCAAGCGGAGAACAGUGGAGAGCACCACAGAAGCUGCAAGGGGUAUCUGGAGUGGUCUUCAUGUCGAUCAGCCCUUCAAAAUCUAG